AUGGCUCCAGAACGGAAUCAGAGGAAGAAGAAGGUUGUCAUCUCAUAUACGGCAUCAGCAGCGUCAGCAUAUAGGCCGCAAUCCGGGCCCCCCGCCGAGCCUCAAGAAAUUGCGAGAAUGGGGCGAUCUGAGCAUCAUUCCACCAACGCGUACCCUGCGACUUCGGGAAAUGAGCUCGAUCCUAUUUACCCCGCGCCCUAUAGCAACUUUCGGCACGCACUGGCAAGCGGUAGCAUGAUGACCAACUUUCUGCUAGGCCAGAUCCGGAGGGCCGCAGGCCCCUUCGGUCUGCACGUCGAUAAUCUGAGACCUGACGAGUCCUUCACGUCCAUCGUUAUAGACGCACUUGACCUCGUUUCGCUCAUCCUGAAGGGCGGGACUGGCAAGAUCGACGGCAAGACGCGCACCCAGGUCGACGUCUUUCUCAAGGACCUGAUCGCGUCGAGGCUUGUCAGAGUCCACCUGUCUCUGCUUGGGACAGCAGAAAGAGAGCACGACGCCACGAUUUACCAGGUUCUCUGGCGCGCGAGAAGCACACUUACUCACCUUUGCCUCGAGCUCAACUUCCGCGACAAAAAGGCACUGCAAGAGUACCUUUGCUCUGAGGCAGCGGCGCGCCUGGUGUCUCUGGAGCUCAAGUCGGGCAGCAAUCUGCAGACGCACGUACUCAAAGCUUUGCAGAGCGAAGGCUCGUCCAGGCUACCCAACCUACGCUAUCUCUGCCUGAACAAGCCGGUCACCCCAGCGAAGUUGAUGAAGGCGUUGCGCACGCGUGACGACCUGAAUCGUAAAGCCCACAAUCCCGCCUACCCUCCCCUUACCAUCGAGGUCGUGGACGUCCACAAGUUCAGCGACUCCGCGCUUGCGCAGGCGCAGAACAUGCAGAUCACCUUCGUCGAGUACGAUGUUGUACGCCCUACGGGUAACUAG